CCCGCUUCGUUGCAGGGUUGUUCUCUCUUCUUUUUCACCCCCUUCCACCCGCGAAAAAAAAAAUACCUUCUCCCCCUUUUUCACUCGCCCAACGUGACGCACGAUUCAUCAUUUAGAAGUGAAGUUUCACAAUUCCAAAAACAAAAAAACCAUUUCCAAGUUGACGCGACAAAAGUCAAAAUCAACCUUCACAUGUGGUUUAGGUCAUUCACCCUUUAAAGGUUAAUGAACUCUCAAUAAAUAAUAAUUGAUUGUUUUCAAAAUAUCAAUUAUAACGAAAUAAUUUAGUGUGAUACAAUAGAAAUUAUGAUAAAUUAACUAUUUAUAAUGUAGAUAAAACUAUAGUAUUCGUGAAAUUUUCCUCUAGCAAUGAUGUCCUUUUCAUGAUGAGCACUUUUCUAGAGAUGAACAUUAGGAUUUUUUUUUGAUGAUAAUGAUGAUCUGAUGAAUCUUAUAAAUUGAUAAAGAUGUUGUGAUCCUUCGAUAUAUCAUCAAUUAGAAAACUAUAAUAAUAAUUCUAUCAUCAAUAUUUGUGAAAUCUGAUGAUGUUCUAUAAUUAAAAUUGUUAGCUGAUUUAGUGUUUUUCUGCCGAUAGAAAUACUUUACAGAAAAAAAAAAAUUGUUCCAUUAAGGAUCUGUGAAAAAAAGAAUCGUCAAAAGGAAAAAAAAUCGAAAAAAGGGAAUCGAAAAAAAAGAAUUCCAAAUUGAUGAUAUUGUGAUCAAAAAAAGAACAAUUGUACAAAAACAGGAUUUGCUUAUUAAUAACUAAAAACAGAGAAUUUAAUAAUUAAGACAUUUCCCUCAGAUCUCAUAUUUGAAAUAAAUCAUCAAAAAACCUUUCUCGUUUAGAGAGAAAAAGGCAAAUCAAUGAUAAAAUUCUCCUAAACAGCAAAUUACUUUUUAAACAAAUGAAAUAAUUUUUAAUUUUCCAUUUUUUUUCCACCUGAUUUUUAAUUCUACGCGUGAUUUCUAAGUGAAUAGAUUUCUAAAGUGAAUAACGUCCCUUUUGUUCCUGCUUUUAACACCACCUGCGUGUGUGUGUGUGUAUGUGUGUGGUAAUUAAACUCGUAAUUAAUGUUAGGUGGGGGUAAUUGGACGCAAUUAGUGCGCGGUUCAUAUUGAAGGAAUAUGAGGAGAGUAAACUGAAGAAUGAGCAAUAAUACCACUUGCCAAUUAUUAUAAAAAUUCCAGUUUUAGAUUUGAAGGAAAAUAAAUUUUAAAAUAGGGGAUUUCUUUUUUUUUUUUGAAAAGUGUUGACACGAAUUAUUUUUAAUAAAUGUAGUGUGACAUCUGAGACGUGUUAUUGUUAUUAUUAUUAUUAUUAUUAUUAUCAUAGAAAGGUGUUAUUGUUGGAUAAUAUAAAGGAAUUAUUGGAAAUAGUCCUCUCUUGAUUGGAAGGGAGGGGAAAAAUGCCGCAUGACCUCCGCACGUGACAGACGGUGGACAUCAUCAAAAUUGAACAGCACGCUCGGGAGGAGGAUGGAGGAGUUGGAGACGCUGGAGACCACGGAGUGCCCGGACUGCUCCGGGCCACCCCCUGAGUUCCGGCUGCCGCCACCCCCGCGGCCGCCCUUCCUCACCGAGGGUACUUUCUGUUCCGAGGCACCUCUCGCUGAACUCGAGGACUGCGUCGCCAUUCCGAUGAUCGACGCAUCCUACCAUUCGAAUCCAUCUUUGCAAAGUACUGCCCUUAUUAUCACCUGUACAGUUGUACUUCUACUAAUGGCUGCCGUUGUUUCCGUCGUCUUCUGGAAACACAAGAGAAAAGUGCAAAAUCUAUUGCCAUGCAAAAGUGCAGCGGCCGCAGCGGCACGUGGACGUCUUCCCGAUGGUGGUGGACAUCCUGGUACGGGACAUUUGGGGAGCGCUGUACUCUACGAGGAUCUACCUGAUACUGUGUCCCAUUCGCAGCUACACAAUCAUCAUACACAUCCAAGUCAGCCAACGAUCGAGAUGUUGGACGUCAAGGAUGGAGGUAGAGGGGUCUUCGUUUGCAGUAGUCCUGGUCCCGAUCCUUACUCUUCUCAGGACCUUUAUAAUCCCGUUUACGAGGAACUCAGCAAUGGAGAUCAUCCGGAGACAGAUGAGGAGAGUGAAUUAAAUGCAAGAAAUCAAUUGAAUAAUCAUCAUAAUCAUCACAAUCAUCAUCAUAAUCAUCAUCAUAAUCCUCGUCGUCGAUUCACUGCCGAGAGAUUUGCAACUGAAGACAGUAAAUUUGUACCAAGUGAUGAUGAAUUUGCUGAAGAUGAACUCUCAGUUGGUGAACCUUCAGAAGCAAAAAUGUUGACCCUAAAUGGACCAGCAUGGGGAACAUGUCCUGUUGGUGGCAGGUUUCCAAGGGAACGAAGGGGUAAAAGUCCAAGGAGUUUAGACAGACGUAAAAAGGAUAAAAAUCAUGAUUUAGGCGAAUUCCACGAAGGAAUGCUUCACCUACUUCCAUAUUUCCCUAGUGUUGCAGGUGUCGCUGGAGUGCGAACGAGCAACAACAACAAUAACAACAACAGUAAUAAUAGUAGUAGUAGUCAACGACAACAAUCCGUCCCGUCUGUGGCUCAUAGGCUACCAUAUUUUGUGCCACCAAUGCCUGCAGCUCAAUCACAGCUCAGAGUCAAUAAGGAAAAUCCAUACGAAAGUGUUCCUGUAUUGGGUCCAUUACAACAUUAUUCAAGUCAGGGAAGAAGCAAUAAUAAAGAUAAAUCAUCAAAUUGGAAACAGGCCAAUAAAUAUUCAUCGCAAUAUGGAACCGAUUAUUUUGGUCUUCAUCAUCAAACACAAGAAAAUUCACAUCCAGUCUAUACACAAGUUGCCGAAUAUACCGAUACAUAUUCACAGCCAACUGAUAGGCUCUACAACGAAGAUAAAUAUUCACAACCCGUUUAUUAUACAGCAAGAGAUCCCGAUCAAGUUUCAUCGGGUGGUCGAUUAUAUCAGGGACAACCUGAUUCGAGUUUUGGUAGUGACAGUGGUUAUAGUCAUCAUACUUCCGGUACAACUGGAACCACAGGAACACGUGGCAGUACCUCAAAAACAAAUCAUCGUAAAGAUAAACAUAGAAAUUCUCAUCAUUCACAUCAUUCCGCGGAUUAUAUUGUCUCUUAAGAAUUUCCAAUGAGAAAAAAAAGGAAAGGGAAUUUUUAUUUUGGAAAAAAAUGUAAAUGAUUUAUCUAGCUAAGGGAAAAAAUGUAUGAAAAAUGCAAUUUCAAGUUCUUGGUGAUUUUUGUUUUAUAAACUGAUACUCAUUAGGCCUAAGCAGAAUGAAAUCUCUAAUCGUAAAUCUUAAGCUUUUACAUGAGAGAGAAAAGGACAAAAAGAUAUUUCUAUCCUUUACUCUCUCAUGUAAAAGCUUAAGAUUUACGAUUAGAGAUUUCAUUCUGCUUAGGCCUAUUAACAAUUUACCAAUUGUGGAAUCAGCCUUAAUUGAUAAGGCCUGAAAUCAGGGCUACCAACGCAACUGUAAACCAAAUUAUGAUUUGUAGUUACGUUGAUAUCCCUGACUUCAUGCCUCGGAAAGUAAGCCGCCUAAUUUUUUUUUACGAUAAAAAUAACGGUUUUUGCGAUAUGUUAAAAAAACAAAACAAAUUUCAAUAAUUAUUUGUCGAUAAAUUUCAUCGAUAUAAUUAUUUUCUAAAUUAUCAUGCAAUGAGCUCUAACCAUAGAAUUCUAAUGGCAUCUAAUAAAUAUCGCAUUGCCGGUAAAGUCAAAAAUGACUUCAUAUAAUUAAAAAUACAUAACCUCAAAAAACUGUGCAAUGAAAAUCAUAAAAACAUUUUCACACAUUUAGGGUAAAUGCACUAAUUACGGCGCGAUUCGAACCUUUGAAAUAGAAAAUUCGACAUUUCUAUUAUAUAAAGUCAAUUUAAGACUUAUUAAACUAAACGCUUAUGUUAUUUAGAAAUUUAAAAAAAAAUUAAACUUUAUAAAAAUCGAUUAUUUAAAUAAAUAUGAGAAAUUAAAAUUAAUAUCAUAAUUUUCUAUUACGGCGCGUUUGUAUCAGUUUCGGUGUAUCAAUUACGGUGACCAAAAUUACGUGUAUUUUGAAGAUAAUUUACCCACCGUAAUUGGAGCCAAUCUUAAAAAUGAUUCAAUUACGGCGAAAGAAAAAAUUUGAUCUCAAAUAAUUAAAUUAAUAAUUGUUUAAAUGUACAUCUUUAUUAGUAAUUGUAUCAAAAAAGAUUAAAAUAAUUGUUUUUUAAUCAUUUUUGCAGCAGUUAUAUUAAAUAUAAUAAUAAGUUAUUUUUUAUGAACGCGCCGUAAUUGGUGCACUUAUCCUAGAAAAAAAAUUUCAAAAAUUAUCAAGAACUCGAAGCAUUUUUUUUCAUUAGAGGAAAAAUGUCAUUUUUUUCUAAAAGCUCGUGCGGUUCCAAAGUAACUCUUUGCGGGCAAUAAUAUGAAAAUAAUUCUUAGAAAAAAAAAAUCGUCACUCAUCAAAUGACGUUUUUUUUUAUAAAAAAAAAAACAAAAAAAAAAAACCAAAUGGUGAUCAGAAAAAAGUGAUCUUUUAGUUUAUAAUAAUCUUAUAAUAUAGUAGUCUCUUUAAAGACUAAGUAAAAAUUUUCCGCGAAAAAAAAAAAUUCAAUGAGACUCAGGCUCGAACCAAAGGUUGCUUAAAUACUUUGUACGUAACUAAUUUAUCCGUAGGCUAUUUAAGAAGUAAAAAAAAAAACGACAAAGCUCUGGAAUGCACACUUGCCUCUUUCGUUUCUAAUUUUUCCUCGCUUUGUCUUCCCAAUGUUUUUUUUUUUUUUUUUUUUGCUACCCUCAAAGGGUUUUUUUUUCACCCCCCUCCUCGCCUCUCGGCACGAAUUUUCUUUGUUCCAAUUUUCUCCUGACGACAAAGCCGGAAAAGCUGGAUUUUCUUCCCUUUCCUUUUUAAUUUAAAAUUUCACAUCUCGUCAAGUGUUAAAUACCACAAAGCCAUUUAAUUCAAUUUUACAAUUUUGUCCAUCUUGGGAAAAUUAGUAAAAUCCUUUUUUUUAAAAAAAAAGAGAUACAUUAGUUUAAUAAUAAUUAAUUAUUUAUUCAAGUGUGCAUUCUAAGAAGCCAAUGAGGAAAAAGGAAUGAAAAAAAAAACGAGAAAAAUGAAAAUGCGCGCGCGAGAGAAAUGAGACUAGAAAUAUUUUGAUACUUUUUGUAUUGAUUUUUCCAACAACUGUGUGUGAGGAAGGAAAUUAUUUUCGUUGAUGCGGAUUGAAAAUGUUAUUCUUGGAAAAAUUUCUCGAAACGAAUUUUCCUUCCUUUUUCUUUUUUCUUUUUUGUUGUCAGGAGAAAAAAGUCAGACCAAGAAUAAUUGGAACGAGCAAAAAAAUAAAAAAAGAAAAAAAAAUUGCUAAUUUAUAUAAUAGAAAAGCUCUUUAUAUAUAUAAAAACAAAAAUUAGGAAUAAGAAAUUAAGAAAAAAAAAAAAAACAUUAUAAAUACGCGGCCAUGUACAUAUGAAAAAUAAUUUUUUCUCCCGUGUAGCAUAGCUGUACCAUAUCGUUAAAUAGUCAAAACUCGAGCGGAGCUUUGAGAAAUUUAAUAUAUAAAAACAAAAAAACACGAUUUUUUAAUUUAUCAAAACUUGUAAUUUUUAAUGAUGCGCUGUGUAUAUCGUUAGCGAUAUCGACGAUAAUAAUUAUUCUAAUAUAUGAAAAAAAAUAAUAUUCCCUUCACGGACGAGAUUUGCAUAUAUUUUAUUUUACAAAAAUAAAAUUUUUGUAAAAUAUAAUUUUAAAAAACUUUUCUUUUGGCAAAAUUUAUUAUUUAAUUUAAAUUAUUUUAAUUUUAAUUAUUGAAAAUUUCCCAUUUUUUGUUUCAUUUUUGUUUAAAAUGGGGACAAUUUUUGUAAUAUAUUUCCAAAUAUUUUUUUUUCAAGUGGAAAAAAAAAUGAGAAAACCAAAGUUUAGAAUUUUUUAAAAUUAAGAAUCAUUAAGAGAAAAUAACAAAAAUUUUGGAAUUUUUUAAAAAUUCUUUGUAUAAUUUCGUUAGCUUGACAGUUUUUUAAAUUUAGUUCUAGAAGGGGCAAAGGAAAAAAGAAACUUCCAAAUCUUAUGUAAAAUAAUGGAAAAAAUUCUUGGGGUUCUAAGAGCCUUUGAACAGACAAUCAAAUUUUUAAAUUUUCUUCACAAUUGAAAAUUUUAAUAUUAAUUUCAAAAUUUUUAAUAAAAAAAAAUUUUUUUUAAAUAUAACGUACCGAUAAUACAAAUUUUUAUCUCCACAAAAUUUUAAUUGAAUAUUUUAAUUACUAAAAUUAAAAUAUCUUAAUUGAAUUUUAAUUGAUGAUGAAAAAAAAGAAACGAAAACAAUUGUGCAAUUUCAUAACAUAUUUUUAGAAGAAAAAAAAAUGUAAUUUUAAAAUAUGUGUUGAAAUUUUUGAAAAUUAUGAAAAUUAUGAAAAUUAUCGAAAUAAUUUUUUUUUGGUAUUUUUACAAUAGAAAUUUUGAAACGAUUAAUUUAUUUUUAAAUUUUUUUGCUAGUCUCGUCCUUGGAUUCUAAAAAAUCUCUCUAGACACGAGAAAUAUAGAGCGAAUACCUCAGAAAGCCACGCUGUUGUAAAUAUAAUUUUAUAAAAAUGCGCUUAGGGUAUCGAAAGACUAUUCGAAAAUAAUUUUGACUCGAAACUAUAAAAAUUUUACGUUCUUACAAAAAAAAAAAAAAAUAAUUACUUACAAUUUUUGUACUUAAAUCUUUUUUUUUUUUUUAAUUUCCAUUUAAA